AUGCAUACAGCAAAAGAAUUUCUUGAUGAAGAACAUCAAACAAUAUUAUCUACACAAACUGAAGCAAAUGAAUAUUUAUUAUCAUGUCUAAAUGAAUUCAUAUCACACAUACGUGAUGAUUUUAAUGAACUUAAUAAAACUCAACUUAAACAAAUGGAAAAUGAAUAUAAACAAAUGACGAUAACUAUAGAAGAAAAUUCUUUAACUAAGGUAACUAUAAAUGAAACAAUGAUCAAUCAACAGCGUUCAAUACAAAUAGAAUGUGGAAAACUUCAAGAUGAACAUCGAUCUAUUACACAAGAAUUAAUAGAACUUAAUAAUUAUAAUCAAGUUUUAUCUGAACAAAUUCUUGCUGUGGAAGCUGAUUUAUAUUCAAUACGUAAUGAACAUUUACAAGAAUUAAUAAUUAAAGAUAAUGAAUUAGAACGGAGUAAAAUUCAAUUACAAAUUUUAAAUGAAAAAUUAAAUCAUUUAGCUGAAUAUGAUCGAAAUUUAAAAUUUGAAUUAACACUUUAUCGAGGAGUUUUAGAAUGUGAAUAUCGACGAAAACAACAACAACAACAACAACAAUUAAUGAAUAAUCAACAUCCUUCACAACCAAUCACUUUACGAAAACAUAAAAUUUCUCCGAUUUUAACAAAUCGAAAUGAAGUUGAAACAAUUGUCGAAAAGUCUAAUGCUCAUGUUGAUGAAAUUCUAUCGCCAAUAAAAUAUUUGGAUGAUGAAAAUAAUAUUCAAUUGGAUCAUCAAGAAUCGAACAAAGGCUUCGAUCAAAAUCAAGAAGAUAUAAUAGAAUCUACAAAUAAUAUCUCACAAGAAAUUCAUCAGACAUCAAGUAAAACUUUGAAAUCUCCUAUUCCAACAGAUCAAUCGUUACCUUCUGGCGAACAACUAUCGCCAACGAAUCAUGAAGUAUCAUCGAAAAUUUCAACAUUUCCUCAUGAGUCUAUACUUUCAGAAGAUCAAUCAAAAUCUUCUGGCCCUGGUCAAUCACCGACCACAGCUGAAGGAGUUCAAAUAUAUCUAAUAAUUGCAUCGAAGGACGAGAAAGCACCACCCUCCAAUUCGGUUCCAAUCUUAACACAAAUUCAUCGCCCUUUUUCUGCAAAUACGGAAGAUCGUCCAAAACCGUCAAAUAUUUCCGAAUCAUCAUCAUCGAUUCCUGUUUCGACAGGUAUAGAAGUAUCACCUGAAAUAGAAAAGCCUUCCAUUGCUUCAGCUAUUUCUGAUAAUCAACAAGAUUCUUCGAAAAUUCAUCUAUCAUCUUCAACACAAUUAGAAGAUGAAGAACAAUCUUCAGAAGCUUAUCCACCACUCAGUAAAAUUCUAAAAGAAGUUCAAGCAGUAUUGAAAUUCUCACAUAUGGACAAACAAGUAUUGUCAGAAGCUCAAAAAUCACCGACAUCACCUACUAAUAUUGCUACACCAAAUGAUCUAUCGAUUUCAUUCGACAUUAAUCAAUCAUCUUCCAUAUCGCCAGAGAACCAAAAAAUAACAUCAUACGUUCAACAAUCAAAAACUACUUCAUCUAAUGAACAGCCAUUGUUCACUGAAUCAAUCGGUCCAUCCAUCGUACUAGAUAAUCAACAGCAACCUUCUACAUUUUCACAAGAACAACCGACAUCAUCAGAAAUUGAACAAUCUUCUAUAACAGAUGAAAAUAUUCAAGAACAAGCUUUACCUAUAGCUGCUAAUGAAUAUGAAUCAAUAUCACACAUAGUUAAUUUUCUAUUAGCACAAGAAGUCGAUGGGAAACAAGAAUUAGUUGAGCCAUCAAAUGAUGUUGAUAACGAUGUUAAAUAUGAUGAAACUGACAAUGUAGUAACUAUCGAUGUUGAUCAUAAUGAUACCCAUCAACCGACUGAUUUUAUUGAAUCAUUACCUAUGGACGAACAUGAUAUUAAUCAAACUGACCGACAAGAAUCAUUAUCAUUUGAUACACUGUCUUUAUCACAGGAAGGAAAUAUAAACUCAUUUGAAGACAAAGAAUCAACAUUAAAACAAGACGAAAUAAAAACAGAAGAACAAAGUAGUUUUUCUGAUCAAUACAAAAUUGAGGAGAAUCCUAAGGGUGAUUUUAUCUCCUUACCAGAUUAUUAUGGUAAUUUAAAUGAUUCUACUUAUUUAAAUUAUGAAGAAUUAAGUAAACAAUUGUUCUGUAAAACAUCAUUAGUUGAUGUUGAAGAUGAUAAUACUAAUUUAAUUAAAGGCAAAUUUAGUUAA